AUGAGUGGCCUCGAGGUUGCUGGGAUAGUGCUAGGCGCAAUCCCCUUGCUAAUAUCGGCUAUUGAGAAAUACAAAACCACCAGUCGAAUAUUAAAAAUCAUCCCGCUGAAGACGUCGCUCAUGAAUGGCUUGAUUUCAUGCCUAAAAGAGCAACAAUUCUUCAACCACUCAGAUCUUGUCUCUAUUCUGAAAGCUACCUCAAUCGACAAAUCAGAUAUUGAAGGACUCGGUUUGGAUGAUCUACUAGUAGAGCUCUCCGAUGAGAUCAAAGAAUAUCUUGGAGAGGGGGUUACGCCUUAUAUGACAGCCCAACCCCCGUGUGAAAAUAAAUUGACGGAAAUAAGCAAGAGUCUUACCGGUUUGACUUCAAAUAAUAAAGCAUACCCUCCUGAUCAUGGGGUCUACGAAUUUGCUAGAAAAAUAAGAUUUUCCCUCAAGAAGGAUGAGAUCGACCGUCAUGUCAAGGAACUCAAUGGCAAUACAUCAAAUCUUAGAAGAAUUCGACAAUACAGCGAGUCACAUGCCCAAAUAACCUUUCCCUCAAGUUCCCGAACAAUCUCAAAGAUAACAUCGUAUCUUGAUCUUGUUGCAGAGCAUGCAUACCACCUUCACUCCGUCAUUGAUUUUGGUUAUGCGGAACCAUGCCAUUCAUAUCAUGAGGCUCAAUUCUUUCUUCAGCACAGAGCAGAUUCAAUCAAAAGACCGAAAGCUACCGAAAGCCUACCUUUGGCGUUCACAGUAGGCUUUGGUCCAACCAUAGAGGGAUCGUGCUACAAGACGGAGGUCAAGGUGUUAGAAGAGGAUCUAGCGUGCUGUGUGGACAAAGACGAUCAUUGUCCCAUUUCUACAAAUAAAGCGAAGCGUCCAGAGUGCUGUGCGCCACCCGGAAAGAAAAAAGAUGAAAAGUCGAGGCUCUCUUUUAAGACCGCAAGUAUUUGCCAGGACUCGCAGUCACCACUCAUUUCAAUCCGAAGCUUAUGCCAACAAUUUUCCGGCCUGAACUUUGGGGAUUUUUUUCUAUCCAAGAAAAGUCUUCUGUUUCAUGCAUCAACUUCAGCAACUGGGAUAUCAUCCGGAUCAAGCUUGGAUUUUACCCACUUGGUCCCACUCGAGCGCGCUCUGAAACCAAGGAAUAUGUCCUUAAACCAGCGGAUGACUUUGGGCUUGAAUGUCGUUUCCUCUGUGAUGCAACUUAAUUCCACACAUUGGCUUGACUUGCCAUUGAACAUAAGAAUGAUUCAUCUGAUUCUAAACGGUCCUAUGACACCUGCUACAUCGAUACAGCCCUUGAUCAAACAUAAAUUCACUUGUGAUACAGGCAAAAAAUCAGGUUCUAAUGUCCGGAGCACAAUGCUUGAGUUGGGUAUAAUCCUACUGGAGCUGUGGCAAGAACAGACUUCUUUUACUUCUUUUAUUGCCGAUUCCCAGAUCUCUGCCUCCAAUACCGUUGGAUUCUGGUACGAUGCUGCGUGUCAAUGGGCGGACGAAAGUAUUGAUCAUAUAAUGCCAUUUUAUCAUGAUGUGGUCAAAAGAUGUGUGGAAUGCAACUUUGCGACGAGCCCUGGCGGCUCUGCGGAAUUUGACUGGAAUGACCUAACUUUUCGAAGGUCGGUGUGCGAGCAUGUGUUUCAGCCUUUAUGGGAAGAAUGUAGAUUGAUUUGA